AUGUUCAUUGCCAAUUACAUAAGCUCGUGGCUUAGCACAUAUAUACGUUGGUUUACCAAGCAUUGGAACAGAAAUUCCAUCUCGGUAAGCAUUUUAAAAGGUUGCAUUGAACUAAAGGAUAUUGAGUUAAAUGCCGAUAUCACAGCAUUUUUUAGGGCAUCUAUUCCUUUAGAAAGGGCCAGUGUGGGACGGUUACGGCUGACUGUUCCCUGGACAGCACUAUAUUCAUGCCAAUGCGAACUUUUUCUUGAGGAUGUUCUGGCUGUUUUUAAACACCAUUUUCAAGAGGAAGUUGCUGAUGACGAGGGGAAUCCUCUUGAGGGGAAAAAAAGAAUAGUUGAACUUUUGGACGCCAUUCGAUAUAAAUCACAAGGGAAUACCGAAACUAAACGUCAGGGGUUUUUAGAAAGACUUAAAUGGGUUAUAUUUCGUAAUAUGAAAGUAGUUUUUAAAAAUUUUGCGGUGAGGUAUGAACUAAUAGGAACCUCUUCUCUCAAUGCUACAAUAAGGCUACAAUAUCUGUCAUGUAUCGCGGCCAACGCUAUGAAUGAGCCAUUUUUUGUCACAGAUGAUGAAUGCGACCUUUAUCGGAUUAUUUUGUUUCAAGGGCUUUCUUUUACUGUAGCUUCUUUGGAUUGUAUAGAAACUUCUAAUCGAUCAUGGCGCAUGGGUUCCUUGCAUUCUUUUACAUCCUUUUUAAUUAAAGGAAUGGAAAAGGAGGUAGAAAAGUUUGGUUACGUUUUAAAACCCUCUUCAGGAAGAGCAUUUGGAUCUUUACAAUUCCAACCUCCCAAGUUACAACUUGGGACAUUUGUUUUGGUUCAUGAUUGUGGAAUAGAUUUGGACCUUAAAAAAAUUCAGGGAUUAUUGAAGAUGACUUCUUAUGUUGUUUCUUUUUGGCCAUGUGACAAGGAUGAAAAGAAGUUGCGACCAAUAGAAAAACCAAGUACUGUCAUACCCGGAAGUUGUGCCGCUUGGUGGAGGUAUAGCAUAGAUCGAAUUAUAUCAAAUACACGGGGUUGCGUAAAAAGAACAGCAUUUCAUUGGGCUACAUACCAAGAAUGGAAGUGUCAUUCGGAAGAGUAUUACAAGCACUAUCUCUUGACCCUAGGGGCUCCUUGGCUUUUUGGACUUGAUGUGAAUAAAACGAUAUUGGAAGAAGCAUUGAGCUCCUUUUCUAUCGGGUAUCUCAUUCAGAUUCGACAAGAAGCAAGGUUUACUUUGGAAGAGUUUCGUUUAACUGGAAGGGUUUUUCCCCGACACUAUGGGGAUACAAUUUCCGAUCGAGGAUUUGGUUACAAGGUAGCCGUUGUGGAGGUGCUGAAAGGUAGCGUGGUGGAUUCCCCAAUGCAGUUAGAAGUAUCUAUUUCUCUUGGAGUUCCUAAACUGCCUCUUUUUUUUAGGGGACACAACAUGCAUUUUAAUAUCGAUUUGACAGAUAUGUCUCUUCGAGUAUCUCGCUCUGCUGAUCUACUUCAGAUUCUUUUUUCUGCGUAUUCAAUUCAAGCUUUUUCGGAAGUUUCAGGUUUCAAUCGUGUGGAUACUGUUUUUAUUAUUGAUGGAACUAAAACCACCAAAGGUGUUGUUGUUACCUAUUUGCGAAAUGGUAAGAAUAAGGAUCUUUCUUUCAUUUUGACUUCUUUUAAAAUUCGAUAUAACCAAUGCAUUGCGGGAAAGCUGAUCGCUGAAUUUUACAUGCUUGAGUCGGAAAAUGCACUUGGUUGGGAUAAUUUUGUGGUGUAUUCGCUCCAUGAUGUAGCUUAUCCACUGAAAACUCAAGUGAACAUUGGAAAUACGGCGUUAAAGUUGGGGAAGCUAGAGGUUUGCUUUGAGGACUUAAGUUUUGAGGUUCAAUGGACAUGUUCUCGUUUAUUCGUGAGUGAGAUUUCUAAUUCACCGUUUAUUGAUUUAAAGAACGUCUUUCUACCCUACACAACAGAUUCUUCCAUUUUUAUUGAGGAGUCCUACAUAUGUGGCGAUCUUUCUAGCUUUUAUUUAUUGAAAAGCAUGAUACAAGAUAUGAUGGUUAUUUACGAGCCCAUUAUUUAUUGGUUACGGAAAAGGGAUACAAUAUAUUCUACAGAAACAAUGAAUAUAUUUGAAUUGGAAUCACCUUUUUUUAUGGUGACAUUACCUGGGGAAGGUACUUUUUUAAAAAUACGGCAAUUUGCCAUUCAUUUAUCAGUGGGCCCAACCUGGAUAUUGAGGGCUAGUUGUAUAGGAAUGGCAUGUGAUGGUGUAUUAAGUGAUACAAAUAUGCGCUUAAUGGUUCUUGGAGGAACCAAUAGGAAGGAAAUUUUUUUGGAUGGUCCCCUGAAAAAUUCGGAUGGUGAUUUAAUAGUAUCUGCUACAUUUGAAGAGGGACAUAUCAUUGUUGACAAUAGACUUGUGGGUUUAGUUGAAUUUUUGAACGAUCUACUUUUUGUAAUGCUGUUCCCUGCCGAAAUAAAUUCACCUGUGUUCUUUGAUGAAAGCGUGAUGAUUCCCUCACUUGAAGUCCUUAUCUCAUGUAGCAACUUAUCUUUUGAUGUUCUUGGAGAAUCUUCUGGCACGUGGAAUUUGCCAUUGCGUUUCUCUUGUAACGGUCAAGAAAGCCUCUUGGUGGAAUUUAAGCGGUUUCCAGACACUCACAUGAACACUACUGUCACCUUUGGACGUUGUUUUUUAUGCAGUGUGGAUGAAUUUACAUUAAUUCUCCCUUCCUAUUCCAAUAAAGGAGUCUUACAA